AUGAGGAUUUGUAAACCGACACUAUUAUCAUUCGUCGCGACCGUCGUCGUACUCCACAUCUCCACCGUCGUAGCCGCCGCUCCCGGUGGAUCCCGGCGACUUCUGUACGCCAGAGACGACCCUAUAACCAUACCUCCGUACUUAGUCUUCGAAAACGUGAGGCUCGAGAGAGCUUACGUGGCGUUACAAGCGUGGAAGCGGACCAUGGUCUCUGACCCGUGGAAUCUAACGUUAAACUGGUUCGGAUCACGUGUGUGCGACUACAACGGAGUUGUAUGCUCCUCGUCCCUCGACGAUCCCACGAUCAAAACUGUCUCCGGCAUUGAUCUAAACCAUGGCGAUAUCGCCGGUCACCUCCCGGAAGAGCUUGGCCUCCUCACUGACAUUGCUCUGAUCCACGUCAACUCGAACCGGUUCUGUGGGACCCUCCCACUCGGGUUCUCGCAAUUGAGUCUCCUUUUCGAACUCGACCUCAGCAAUAACCGGUUCGCUGGUAAAUUUCCGGAAUUGGUAAUCGGUUUACCGAAAUUAAAGUAUCUGGAUCUCCGGUACAACGAAUUCGAAGGUGCAUUACCGGAAUCUCUGUUCGAGAAAGAUCUAGACGCUUUGUUUCUGAACAGCAACCGGUUCGUUAGUAAAAUCCCGGUUAACAUGGGUAAUUCCCCGGUAUCGGUUCUGGUUCUUGCGUCCAACAAGUUCGAAGGAUGUGUACCGACGAGUUUCGGUAAGAUGGGUCAGACUCUGAACGAGAUCAUCCUCAUGGACAACGGUUUACAGUCGUGUUUUCCGAGUGACUUGGGGUUGCUCAAAAACGUCACCGUUUUGGAUGUUAGUUACAAUUGGCUGGUCGGAGAGUUGCCGGAGUCGAUCGGACAGAUGGAGAAUCUUGAGGUGUUGAACGUAGAGCGUAACCAGCUUUCCGGUGUAAUACCGGAGGAGCUAUGUUCGCUUAAGAAUCUUAAGGAAUUCAGAUACGGGUCUAACUACUUCACUGGAGAACCGGCCACGUGUCGCAAUCUGGAAUAUUAUAAUAGUACGAUGAAUUGUCUCAAAGAGGAGAAGGAGCAGAGGUCGACGAUGGAGUGUAAGGCGUUUUUGUCUAGACCUGUAGAUUGUGAUUCUUUCAAGUGUAGUCCCGUUUCUCCGUGUCUGUCUCCUCCUCCUCCUCCGCCGCAGAUAUCACCAUCUGCACCUGCUCCUUCACCGUCAGAGCCGUCUCUGCUUCCACCUGCACCCUCACGGUCAUCACCGCCUCCGGCAAGACCAUGUCCGCCAUUAUACUCACCGCCUCCAACGCCGCCGCAGUCGUCUACACCCGCGGAACAACCGGUGGGUCAGAUUCCUGAGGACUCGUCUUCGCCAUCGCCGAUGAACUGA